AUGUUCGUAAUUACCACACACAAGUCCCUCUUCUUCAAUUUCAACUCCACACCAAUUACCAUCAUUCCUUUUCCCAUCCAACUCUACACAAAUCUGUUGUUGCCAUUCCAAAGCACCACAAUUCCUUUUCCCAGAGUGAUGAAUCACGACGAAAUUGUUAUUCUUGACUUCGGUUCACAGUACAGCCACUUGAUUGCUCGUCGCGUGCGAGAAUUUAACGUCUACUGCGAACUGUUCUCCUGCCUGGUGGAUGCAAAGACCGUGAUGGAGAAAAAGAAUCUGAAGGGAAUCAUAUUUUCAGGCGGUCCUUCGAGCGUUUAUGAGAAGGAUGCUCCCCACGUUUCUGAAGAAUUGUGGAAGUUCAUCGAAGAGAAGCAAGUGCCUCUUCUCGGUAUCUGCUACGGUCUCCAAGAGAUUGCCCAUCACUACGGAGGAGUAGUGGCUCCGUGUGACCACCGUGAAUAUGGACAUGCCAUGGUUGGUAUUGUCAAGGGCCUGGAAGAAAAGGACUCUCAAAAAGCGAUGCGUCUGCUGGAGGGUCUGGACGACCCCUUCCAAGUCUGGAUGAGCCACGGCGACAAACUCUCCGCUCUUCCUACCGGCUUUUUCGACAUCGGCGCGACCUCCAACGCCGAGCACGCAGCCAUCGCGAGCCACGACAAGGUGAUGUACGGCAUCCAGUUCCACCCGGAAGUGACGCACACUCCGCAGGGCCGAAUCCUGCUGAAGAACUUCGUUCUGAACAUCUGCGAGGCGAAGGCGGACUGGGAGAUGGGUUCCUUCGUGAACGAGGCGAUUGCGCGCAUUCGAAGCGAGGUGGGCGAGGAGGGCCACGUGAUCGGUGCCGUGAGCGGCGGCGUGGACAGCAGCGUGGCGGCGGUGCUGCUGAACCGCGCGAUCGGGAAGCGGUUCCACGCGGUGCUGGUGGACAACGGCGUGCUGCGUCUGAACGAGGCGAAGGAGGUGAUGGAGCGUCUGGGCGCGGCGGGCAUCGACCUGCACCUGGCGGACGCGUCGGAGCUGUUCCUGGCGAAGCUGGCGGGCGUGAGCGACCCGGAGAAGAAGCGCAAGAUCAUCGGGACGACGUUCAUCGACGUGUUCGAAGAGGAGGCCAAGAAGAUCGAGCAGGAAGUGGGCCAUGUGGAUUUCCUGCUGCAGGGCACGCUCUACCCCGACGUGAUCGAGUCCACCUCCUUCCGCGGUCCCUCCGCGACCAUCAAAUCGCACCACAACGUGGGCGGGCUCAAGGAGAACAUGAAGCUGAAGCUCAUCGAGCCGCUUCGCGAGCUCUUCAAGGACGAGGUCCGCGCGCUGGGCGCCGAGCUCGGACUCCCGCAUGACUGCAUCUGGAGACACCCCUUCCCCGGCCCCGGCCUCGCGAUCCGCGUGAUCGGCGCGGUGGACAAGCAGCAGCUGGACAUUCUGCGCCAGGCGGACAAGAUUCUGAUCGACGAAAUCCGCGCAGCCGGCGAGUACGAGAAGAUCGGACAGGCGCUCGUGGUGCUGCUGCCCGUGCGGUCGGUUGGAGUGAUGGGCGACGGACGCACCUAUGAGCAGACCGCGGCGAUUCGCUGCGUGCAGACCACGGAUUACAUGACGGCGGAUUGGUACCGAUUCCCGUAUGACCUGCUGGCGAGAAUCUCGAACCGGAUUAUUAACGAGGUGAAGGGAAUCAACCGCGUGGUGUACGACGUGUCGUCCAAGCCCCCAGCCACGAUCGAGUGGGAGUAGUUUGCUUU